UUAAUUAGGGGAUCCAAAUAUGAAUAUGAAUAUGAAUAUGAAUAUUUUCAAUAGAGAGAAGAAUAUAUAAUUAUUCGACCCUUUUCUUAUCAUAUAGGCUUUCAUUUGUCUGAGUCUUAAGCUUCUUCUUUCAUGUCAUUUCAUUUUCAUACGCCAAAUCCAUCACUGUUGUAAGUUCUUUCCUUUCUUUUUCUUUUUUUGGCUUAGACUAAGAAGCGUUGUAUGUCAUUUUCUUCAUCUGGGCUUGCUUUGUUAUAUGAGUAAUACAUUCUAUUUAAAGAAAAGGUAGCUUUUCUUGGUUGAUAGCCACUACCCACAUCUACUGCAACCCCAUGGACCAUGGCAUUAGUAAUAGUAUCUUCUAAAUCUUUUCAGCCAGAAACGGUGUCAGAAAGUAGGUAACAAGAAGAGAGGAAAAAGAGUGUUACGACUUUCAUUUGAGAUACCAUUCAUUAUUUAAUUCUAUGUCCGGAACUGUCCUAUCAGAUAUUAUAAUAUCUUUGGUAUGCCAGACAAGGUCAUAGCCGCCUGUGAACUCUGGGUCAGAGAGAGAGAGAGAGAGAGAGAGAGAGAGAGGUGACUUUUUGUAUUUGGAUCUUUAUUACCAAUUACCAGAGCCUAAAAGGAUGUUUAGCCUCUGGUAGAAAAGGCCAGUGCUUUGACGAGUUCUUUCCGAUACAUCCUUGUUACUCUGGAGGAAUUCAUGGCAAUGACAGCUAUGCUGUACCAUGGGUUUUUCUUGGGCUUUGAGUAUCAUUCUUGGUUCUGGGAGUCAUUUCGGCAGUCAAGAAGGUUGCCUGUAUUGUUGCUUCAAUUCUCAGCUGCAAUUUGCAUGGUUUUGGCAAAUCCUUCGUCGGUUUUGUUGCUUUUCCGCGCCAUCGGUGCUGCCUGCAAGUUGAAGAACGAGUAGAUAAUAAGUGGUUGAUGGUUGAACUGGAAAGGAAAGAGGAAGAUUAGGGGUGUGGAAAGGAGUGGACAAUGGCGUCAGCUUCUCGUGCCAGAAGUCCAUGGCCCACGAAAGAAGCAUCCUCUAACUCUCAUCCUUAUCCUCUGCCUCUUGCGAAAUAUGAUGAUGUUGCAGCCAGUCCUAAGCUCUUCAUGGAUACUUUGGAGAAGCUCCAUGCUUCCAUUGGGACUAAGUUCAUGAUUCCUAUCAUUGGAGGUAAAGACCUAGACUUGCAUCGACUUUUUGUGGAGGUAACUUCUCGUGGAGGUAUCGAAAGGGUUAUUAGGGAGAGAAGAUGGAAAGAAGUAACUGCUGUUUUCAACUUUCCUUGCACAGCCACUAAUGCUUCUUUUGUGCUGCGCAAAUACUAUUUUUCAUUACUUCACCACUAUGAACAAAUAUAUUUUUUCAAGGCUCGGGUAUGGGUCCCUAUAUCUUCCGAUUCUUUGACCAGCCCAACGUUAACUCCAGUUCCAAUUCAAAGAACAGAAUCUUUGCAGCCAACGCCAGAAAUCCAAGCAGCUCUGCUCCAGCAGCAAAGGAUAAAUACUGCAGAAUUGGAUGGAGCGAAGGCAGCAUCAAUGACCGAGUCUCCUAUCAGUGUGAUAGGGGUCAUUGAUGGGAAAUUUGAAAAUGGGUACCUUGUUACUGUCACAACAGGCUCAGAGAAGCUAAAGGGUGUGCUAUAUCUGGCUCCACAGGACGCAUUACAGGAAUUGCCACAGAACUAUGGUGUCUUUGCCAGCAGAAAUGACAGAGCCUCUCCUGUACUGGCGACCCCUCGUCGCCGGCGCAGGAAGAAAUCCGAGAUAAAAAGGAGGGAUCCUGCUCAUCCAAAACCAAACAGAAGUGGGUAUAAUUUCUUCUUUGCAGAGCAGCACGCAAGACUGAAACCACUGCAUCCGGGGAAAGACAGGGAGAUCAGUAGAAUGAUCGGUGAACUGUGGAACAAGUUAGAAGAGUCUGAAAAAGGAGUUUAUCAGGAGAAAGCUGUCAGAGAUAAAGAAAGAUACAGAGCGGAGAUGGAAGAUUACAGGAAGAGAUUAAGGACUGGUCAGGUUAUCAAUGAUGCAAGGCCACUACAACAGCGGCUUCCCCUACAAGAUGUGAACACGGAGGAUGUGGACGGGAAGAUUGGAGAGGGUGAGGGAGAAUAUGUAACGCCAAAUCUCAAAGAACAGAAAAUUUGAGGGUGGAUGGGCUUGAUUUUGUGCCAUGCACACUUUUGUACAAAAGUAAAAUAGCCACCCACCCGUGAUGUACCUCUUUGCUACUUGCAUGCAUGUGGCAUGGCAUGAGGCAAUUGCUUGUGGCAGAGGAUUUUCUUGCAAAUUUCUAAAAGUAUUUGAGCAAAUUUUGAGAUAGAUUUUUGUGUAGUUUCCUUAAAGUUGUGGGGUUUCUUCGAAAUAUAUUUAAAUUAAAAAGGUUUUGAGAUACA